AAAAUCCGCCAUUGUUUGGCGCUUCAUUUUCACGCACAAAAAAAGGAGAAAGAAAGAAAAUGUCGAUGACCCCUUCGCUCUCUCGUCUUCACUCUCCGUUCCUUUGCUGUCCACUCAAACACUCAACUCCGUCAUUAUCCAUCAAAUGUGGAAGGAGCUACCGGUCGCCGGCAUCUUAUCCUUGCAUCAGAGCCGUUGAUCUUGAUCAGAACACAAUAGUAGCAGUGUCGGUUGGGCUUGUCAGCGUUGCGGUUGGGAUUGGCAUUCCCAUCUUCUACGAAACUCAAAUCGAUAACGCUGCAAGCCGAGAAAAUACCCAACCAUGCUUCCCUUGCAAUGGCUCCGGUGCCCAGAGGUGUAGAUUUUGCAUGGGAAGUGGAACGAUUACCGUAGAGCUCGGUGGCGACGAAAAAGAAGUCUCGAAAUGUGUUAAUUGCGAAGGAAUCGGUUCCUUAACAUGCACUACUUGCCAAGGUAGUGGGAUUCAGCCUCGGUAUCUUGAUCGCAGGGAAUUUAAAGAUGAUGACUGAAAGUCCUACAAGAAGCAAUGGGCAAAGAUUUUUGGACUGAGUGAUUUUGGAAAAAGGAACCUUAAAUUGUGAAAUCCCUUUUUUUCUUUUCUUUUUUUUUUCCCCUUUUUUUCCUGUUCUGUAUUUAGUUUUCCCCAUCUAUUUUUCUGUCAAAUUUUCUACUUUCUAAUGUACACUACAGGAACAAACUUGUUAAUUUGAGGAAGGGAUGUAUUUGUUCUCUCAAUGAAGAAAUUGUUCAUAAAA